AUGAGAGCUGUUUUGCUAUCACUUUAUUUAUUUGCUGAGGCCAUUGCUUUCUCUAUACCGCAAUUGCCAUUACCAUUGAGCUCUCAACUCCACCAAUUGGACUCUCCUUCAUGUCCAAUUGAUAUCUCUCCAAGUUGUUCCAACUCCACCCCGAUAUACGAUACAUGUUGCUUUGAAAGCCCUGGUGGUGUUCUUCUUCUGACCCAAUUCUGGGAUUAUUAUCCUGCUGUUGGUGAUAAUGAAAGCUGGACUCUUCAUGGGUUGUGGCCUGAUAACUGUGAUGGUUCUUAUGAACAAUUUUGCAAUAACGCCUUAGAGUUGGAUGGAAGAUUUGACUUUGAAUCAUUGUUCAAUAAGUUUGGGGACUCAGAAACUUGGGAUACGAUGCAGAAGUAUUGGCUUAAUUUUAAUGGUGAUGCUAAAAGUUUAUGGAUUCAUGAAUAUAACAAACACGGGACAUGCAUUAAUACUCUCAAUCCAAAGUGUUACGGAUCUCUGUACAAAGAGAAUCAAAAUGUCUACGAUUACUUUAGAAAAGCAGUCGAUUUAUAUCAUAAGGUUCCCACUUAUGAGUUUUUAACUAGCAAUGGAAUCUACCCUGAUGCUGAAAAAACUUAUACCAAGGAUGAAAUAGCUAAGGCUAUAUCUUCCAACUUCGAAGGCCAUUCUGCAUUUUUCAAAUGUAAUCGUUAUGGUGCUUUGCAAGAAGUAUGGUACUUUCAUCACGUAAAAGGAAGCGUUAGAGAUGGAGGCUUCCUUCCAAUUGAUUCAAUGAUAUCCUCUAAUUGCCCAUCACAGGGCAUUAAAUGGUAUCCUAAGGGCUGGACACCAGGGAAUCCAUUACACCCAACACACACAGGGCCUGGCUCGCCAGGUAAACCUUCUGGAGUUCCAGGUUUAAGAGGCCAUAUUAAAUUGACUAACCACAACGGAUGUUUGAUCAGCAAUGGUAAUUGGUACCAAUAUGGAACCUGUGCCACUUACACUCUUUUGAAGCUGGAAUUUGGAGGCUAUAAUGUAAAGUCUUCUAAGGGAUAUUGUGGUGUUAUUGAUGGGAUUUUGCAAUGUAAUGCUAACAUUUCUCCGUCAAGAAAUCAAUUCCAAUUAAACAAACUGUCAAAGGCUAUUUCAUAUGGAGGAAUUGAAAAUUUCUGUUUAAGAUAUGAUUUAUCCCACGGUAGUGGAAAGUUUGUGCAAGUUCCAGUUGAAGUUGGUGGAGACUGUGCAGAUAGUUUCAAGUUGAUCUUGCAAUAG